AUGGGUAUAUGGCUAUGGAUCGCUCUGAGCUCCGUAGUGGAUAUCAGAAGAGAGGUCCUUGCUAGGGCUAAGCUGCUUAGUACGAUGUUAAACGGGGAUACUACCCGCUCUAUCGAGGCGUACGGUAUAAUAUUUUCGACAUUAGUAUACGAGGUCGGGUCUGCCGUGAGCUCGAGCGACGUGGGCUCGAGCUCGGGGGUGGCUGGAGGGAGCACCGGAGUAUAUUCGACCUUUGCGGGCCGCUCUGAUGGCUACCCUCUACGGAAGAAGGAUAGUGGUGGCGGUAGUAAGCCUCGAGAUGAUAAGGAGUAUGAGGACUGCCCUUAUAAGAAAAGGCACUUCUGGGACCCUACUAGAUGCUAUCGCCUAGAGAAGGCCCUUACGGACAAGGAGAAGCUUCUGGCUGAGCUCGAUGAGGAUAAAUGGAAGGACCUCUUUAGGAAUAGCUUCAUUUUGACGAAGUAG